UCCUUUUCGUCUAGCCGGCCACGAAGUAUCUCAGAAAUGGAGCUCAAUUCCUUGCUGCAACAGAUUGCGACUGUGAAGCAAACCCUCUUUGAUGAGGGAAUUCUCAACAGCCAGUUCCUUGGAUUGGAGCAGUUGGACGAUAAUGACAACCCCAGCUUUCUUGAGCAAGUUUUCACAGUGUAUUUCAGUGAAUCACCGAAAGUGAUAGCUACCAUAGAAGAAGCAUUGGAGGAACAAGUAUGUGAUUUUGCUACAGUGAACACGUUCCUUCAUGGAGUCAAAGGCAGCACUCUCAGCAUUGGGGCUACUAAGGCGACGAUUCAAAUCAAUCAAGCAGUGGAAUGCUUCUAUAAAAGGGACAUAAAAGGAUGUAAGGCUGCAAUCAGAAGAGUGAAGGAAGAGAAUAACACUCUAACAAACAGGCUCCAAGUUUACUUGCAGAGAGUCCUGGAUAGCCAGUUCACUAGAAUGGAGGAGGUGGAUCCAUACUUUGCUGGAGAAAUGACCGAUUUGUAUUUCGGCGAAGUGCCAAGCUUUAUGUGUGGCAUAGAAAAAACAUUGGAGACAAUCCCCCUCAAUGUUGCUAACCUGCGUGAAUAUCUUGGUAAAUUCAAAGGCAGCAGCGCCAGAAUUGGUGCUAGUAAGGUGAUUAAUGUAAUCGAUAAUAUGAUUGAUUGUUGCACGAUGGGCAAUAUUGAGGGCAUUGGGGCUAAUAAGGCGACGAUUCAAAUCAAUCAAGCAGUGGAAUGCUGCUAUAAAAGUGACAUAGAAGGAUGUAAGGCUGGAUUUCCAAACUUAAAACAAGCGUUUCACACUCUGAAGAAAAAUCUGGAACCCUAUCUAGAGUUGUUGCAACAGUACAAAUCUAGCACGUCAUCUACUGGCCCCAAUGAAAAUAUGGUUGGCAAGAACAAGUAG